CAAACAAAGGCACGGACUGAAGAACGAUAAGCCUAUCUUUGGGUAAGACAGCGCCGCGCCGGGAAUUAUAGCGCGUGUUCUGUGCCCGGCGCCAGGAUUCACCGCUGGAACCUGGUGUGAUCUCCGGGCACCGACCUGACGCCGGAAAACCCGGAGCAAAGGAGCGAGUUGGCAGCUGACCAGAGAGAGAGCGGCAGGACAUGACAGGGCAGGCUGACAAGUAGGACCGGCAGCUGCAACACAUCCAAAUGGAGCCCGUUCACAGAGAAGACAAACCGAACCCUUUGGCAACGGCCAAUAUCUUCUCCAGUGUGUUUUUCUGUUGGCUAAAUCCACUGUUUCGAAUUGGUUACAAAAGGAGACUAGAAGAAAAUGACCUGUACAAAGUUCUUCCAGAAGAUCAAUCUGAGAGAUUGGGGGAAGAAUUGCAAAGGCACUGGGACAAAGAAGUCCAGAAGGCACAGAAACAAGUUCGAAUUCCCCAUCUAACAAAAGCCAUUCUAAAAUGUUUCUGGAAAUCAUAUAUUAUUUUGGGUGCAUUUACAUUUUUAGAGGAAAUAAUAAGAGUUGUUCAGCCUAUUAUGUUAGGAAAAAUUCUUAAUUAUUUUGAAAGCAACAAUAAGGAUGACACAGAGGCUUAUAAAAUUGCCUUUGGAUAUGCUGCUGGUCUCGCGUUUUGCACGUUGUUUUUGGCAAUUCUACAUCACUUGUAUUUCUUUCAUGUACAAAGGUGUGGAAUGAAACUAAGAAUAGCAAUGUGUCAUAUGAUUUAUAGAAAGGCACUACGUCUAAAUAACGUUGCGCUGACAAAAACGACCACAGGCCAGAUUGUGAACCUGUUGUCCAAUGAUGUAAACAAGUUUGAUCAGGUAACCAUAUUUCUACAUUUCCUAUGGGUUGCACCAUUGCAAGCGAUUGCAGUGAUAGCACUACUGUGGUAUGAAAUAGGACCAUCUUGCUUGGCUGGAAUAGCUGUUCUACUUAUCCUAAUGCCGACGCAAACUGUUUUUGGAAAGUGGUUUUCAGUUCUGAGGAGCAAAACUGCAGUGCUGACAGACGACCGAAUUCGAACGAUGAAUGAGGUGAUAUCAGGAAUGCGAAUCAUCAAGAUGUAUGCCUGGGAAAAACCAUUCACAAGUUUGAUUACACAAAUUAGGAAGAAGGAGAUUGCCAAAGUAUUGCAAAGCUCUUACCUGCGUGCGUUGAACAUGGCCUCAUUCUUCAUAGCAAGCAAGAUUAUACUGUUCUUCACGUUCGUGGUCUAUGUGCUCCUUGGCAACACCAUCACAGCAAGCCGUGUGUUUGUCACGGUAUCAUUGUACAGUGCUGUGAGACUCACAGUCACCUUAUUCUUCCCAGCAGCUAUUCAAACUGCUUCUGAGGGAUUGAUCAGCAUAAGAAGGAUAAAGGAAUUUUUGAUCCUUGAAGAAAUAAAAAAAACAAAUGAGGAUGUGAAUAACAGUGAACACAACUAUUCAAUUCACUUACAUGACAUCACAUGCUAUUGGGAUAAGACAAUGGAAACUCCAUCGCUGCAAAAUAUUAGUUUUUCUGUCAGACCAGGGGAACUUCUGGCUGUGAUUGGACCUGUGGGUGCCGGCAAAUCCUCCAUUCUUGCUGCAAUACUCGGAGAACUUACAAAAGAAAGUGGUAUCCUGAAUAUUAACGGCAAAAUAGGUUAUUGUGCACAACUGCCGUGGGUAUUUCCUGGUACAGUUCGGAGCAAUAUCCUAUUUGGCAAGGAAUACCAAAAAUCGAAAUAUGAAAAGGUCAUCACAGCCUGUGCUCUGAAGAAAGAUCUGGAGUUACUUCAGGAUGGUGAUCUGACCCAAAUUGGAGACCGUGGUGUUACACUCAGUGGAGGACAGAAAGCUAGAGUGAAUUUGGCUAGAUCUGUAUAUCAGGAUGCUGAUAUCUACUUGCUUGAUGAUCCUUUGAGUGCUGUUGAUGCUGAAGUUGGAAAACACCUGUUUGAACAGUGUAUGACAGGAAUUUUGAAACAUAAACCUCGUAUUUUGGUGACCCAUCAACUUCAAUAUCUAAGUGCUGCAAGCCAAAUAAUCAUAUUAAAAGAGGGCAGAGUGGUUCAGAGGGGAAAAUUAAAAGAGCUAAUAAAAUCUGGAGUUGAUUUUGCUUCUCUAUUAAAACAACCUGAAGACGAUGAUCUUGCAGAUUCUCAACCUGCCACAAAAGUAACAAAGGAACGUACGCUUUCUCAGACCUCAGUUUUGUCAUUGGGAUCUUCUACGCAAUCACAUAAAGAGAGCUCAAUUGAUCUACCAGGAGAGUCUGUACUCUCAGCAGUACCGGAGGAGAGUCGCUCUGAAGGAUCAAUUGGUUUUAAAAUCUAUAAGAAGUACUUUCUGGCAGGAGCUAAUUGCUGUGUCCUAUUUAUUGUCUUCGCUCUCAAUUUGUUGGCGCAGGUUUCCUAUAUCCUUCAGGAUUGGUGGCUAUCUUACUGGGCUACAAACCAAGAAAGGUUGAACACCACACAAGGAACUGGUCCAAAUAAUAUAACCCAGCAACUGGAUAUUAACUUUUAUUUAGGAACAUAUGCAGGUUUAACAAUAGCUGUGAUACUAUUUGGAAUUACCAGAUGUUUGAUCAUUUUCAAAGUGUUGGUUAAUGCAUCGCAGGAAUUACAUAACAAAAUGUUUACAUCCAUUAUACGAGCACCAGUUUUAUUCUUUGACAGAAAUCCUAUAGGUCGGAUCUUGAAUCGUUUCUCCAAAGAUGUUGGCCACCUGGAUGACCUGCUGCCCUAUACGUUCAUGGACUUCAUGCAGACUUUUCUGCAGAUUUUGGGCGUGAUAGCUUUGGCAGUGGCUGUCAUUCCUUGGAUACUUAUUCCAAUCGCUCCACUUGUCAUUGUGUUCUUUUUCCUUCGUUGCUAUUUCUUGGAAACAUCACGUGAUAUUAAACGCAUGGAAACAACUAGUCGAAGUCCAGCCUUUUCCCAUCUAUCUUCAUCCCUUCAAGGACUUUGGACUAUUCGUGCCACAAGGACAGAAAAAACAUUUCAGGCAAAAUUUGAUGAACAUCAAGAUCUUCAUUCAGAAACAUGGUUCCUUUUCCUGUCCACUUCACGGUGGCUUGCUGUUCGGUUGGAUGCUCUUUGUGCUGUUUUUGUCACAUCGGUUGCUUUUAGUUCUAUUGUAAUUGCAAACCAGCUGGAUGCAGGGCAGGUUGGUUUAGUUCUAUCUUAUUCUAUCACGCUAAUGGGCAUGUUCCAGUGGGGAGUACGACAAAGUACUGAAGUUGAAAACCUGAUGACAUCAGUGGAAAGAGUACUGGACUACACCGAACUUGAAAGCGAGGCACCGUGGGAAUCUUACAAGCCCCCACCAAGUGACUGGCCAACCUUCGGCACUGUGAUAUUUGAAGAUGUCAGCUUUAGCUACAGUCCUGAUUGUGAGCCUGUUCUUAAGGACCUGAACCUCACAAUCAGAUCAAAAGAAAAGGUUGGGCUUGUUGGAAGAACAGGUGCUGGAAAGAGUUCACUUAUCUCAGCCUUGUUUCGUCUCGCUGAACCAGAAGGGAAGAUUACGAUUGAUGGCAUUGUGACCUCAGAACUAGGAUUACAAGUUCUGCGAAACAGCAUGUCUAUCAUUCCUCAGGAUCCUGUUCUAUUCACUGGCACUAUGAGAAAGAAUAUAGAUCCUUUUGACGAACAUACUGAUGAAGCACUGUGGAAUGCAUUGGAAGAGGUGCAGCUAAAGGAGGUAGUCGAAGAAUUGCCACAUAAGUUAAUGGCAGAACUAGCUGAAGCCGGUUCCAAUUUUAGCGUUGGACAAAGACAAUUAGUGUGUCUUGCCCGAGCAGUGCUCAGAAAAAGUAAAAUACUUAUCAUCGACGAAGCAACAGCAAAUGUGGAUGCUAGAACGGAUCAGCUAAUUCAACAGACAAUUCGCGAGAAAUUUGAACAGUGCACAGUACUGACAAUUGCACAUCGACUUAACACCAUAAUCGACAGUGACAGAAUUUUGGUGCUGGAUAAAGGAAGAGUUGCAGAGUAUGAGGAACCGUAUAUUCUCCUUGAGAACAAAGAUGGUUUCUUCUAUAAAAUGGUACAACACAUGGGCAAGACUGAAGCAAUUGCUCUGACUAAGAUAGCCGAAGAGGAACACUUGAAAAGGAAGUCUUUAGAAGAAGCACGAACUGACCAAACAGAAGCCAAUGGUUCAGCAGUUUUAAGCCCCAGUAAUAUUGUCUUUGAGACUUCACUCUGAGCAGAGGAAAAGGAAAUUGGAGCACCUUUUUUUAACAAUAAAGAAAAAUGCUACUGGAAAGGAUUGUUUGAACUAAAUAAACAUGAGCUACAAAUCAGCAAAAAUUUGCACCAAAUUAAUUUUAAUUUAAUUUUUUAUUCCCGAGCCUGUUUUUACUACAGUUUGCAGCAUUUAGGUGUAUAAAAUUUGAAAUUGAGAUUAUACAAAAAAUGUAUUUAUGCUGUCAUCUAAAAUCAAUAUUCCCUUCAAAAAGAUAACGUCAGAUACAAUAAUUACAAGAAAAAAAUUUAAAAAUUUGGGGAAGGAGACAAAUUUCAUCGUUAACAUGGUUGCUUCUUUGUGAUGUCAAGUUUGAAUAGAAUGAAACUACCCUCACUUUGCUUCUGACACCCUCCUCCAAUUGUUUUCGAUGAUAUGAAAAGAUCAAACAGUGAACUUGUAACCCACUCAUUGUAUCUUGCCUGGUCCAUUACUUCAGAGUUCUUGCAGACUCUGGAUAUUUCAUUGUUUCUUUAACCUUUUGUCUGCUCUAGAUCUGAGGUUCCGUCAUGAAAUUUGAAAAUAUGAGUAAAGUUUGUAUUUUGCUCAUUAAUUACAGUUUUUCAUAAUCAAUACAACCAAUAAACCAGCUUUGUUUAUUUGGCACAUAACUGAUUCACAGGUCUACAAUUAAAGGUUUGAUUUUAUUUAGUUGAAUAUCAGAAAAUUCAGUAGUUGAAAGGAAACUUUAUACCAUAUAAAUUUUGAAAAUGUCAAUAUAAACUGAAUUUACAAUUCUGAAUACUACUCUUGUAUAUAAUACAGUUGAUUUGUUUAAUCUUCAGCAGCAAUGGCUUACUACAUUUUGAAAUACUCGAUGCCUUAAUAGUUAUAAUAAAAGUUACCAAAGUUGUACAAACA